AUGUCAGGGUCGCGCAGCAAGGCCGGCCCACAUCGUAUCUCACGGCAUGCUAAUGGCCGCCCUCGCCGAUCUCUCUCGCGUCGGCGUUGCUGCCUCCCAGCGUCCGUUGGCAGCGGCGCGGCGGGGAGGAGGGUCGGCGAGGCGGAGCGGGCGGCGCAGUACCCGUGCCCGCGCUGCGACUCCACCGACACCAAGUUCUGCUACUACAACAACUACAACCUCGCCCAGCCGCGCCACUUCUGCAAGGGCUGCCGCCGCUACUGGACCCGCGGCGGCGCGCUCCGCAACGUCCCCGUCGGCGGCGGCACGCGCAAGGCCACCCCCUCCGGCGGCGCCGUCUCCCGCCGCAAGAACCGCCCCUCCAACUCCCACGCCGCGGCGGCGGCGGCCGCCGCCGCCCAGGUCGCGUCCGUCGUCUCCCAGCUCUCCUCCGUCUCCGCGCCGACGCCGCUGCCGCUGCUCCCGCUCUCGGUCACCGCGCCGCCGCCAACGUCGCAGCUGCCGUACGAGCUGUCCUUCGUGUCCACCCUCGCCGCCAUGGACCCCGACCGCCGCCUCCUCGACCUCGGCGGCAGCUUUAGCUCCCUCAUGGCGCCGCCCGCCCCCAUGCUCACCCACGCCCACUUCGCCACCGGCUUCCUGUUCGGCGGCGGCGGCGGCGGCAGCGCGGGGCCGGCUCAUGGUCACGCUCCUGGUCUGCCGCAGCAGCCGCCGGUGGUGUCGCAGGCCGUGCCGGAGGGCUUCUGGGGCAUGGGGUGGCCGGACCUGUCCAUCUAGGACCCAUCCGGCUCCUCCCGUCGCCAAGAUCGAUCGCCGGUGCCGACCAGUCGGCUCUAAUCAGUCUAGCAUUUUCUCUGUUUUAGGUGCAUGUUCAGUUGACGGUAGCUUGUUAGCCUAGCUUACUGCAUCAGUCCAUCCAAUAUACCUAUCUUUUUGAGAGCGUUCGAAGUGAUUUCAACAAUUAAUCAGGAGUUAGCGAGUAUUUUGUUAGUGAGGUUCAGAAAGGGACUAUGAGAGUGAUCUGAGGAUGUUGGUGACGAUACUCAUGUUAAUCUGUGUUCUUGUGGCUGCAUUUCAUACGUGAUCUGCAGAUGAUGCCAAGCGUACAACUGGUGGAUCGAUGCUAGCUUACUAUGUCGAAUGGAAACAUUGUUUCAGUAGUAGUUGAAUGUCUGUAUUCUCCUUUUUUAUCUGUCCAUGACUUUCCCUUUGGUUCGCA